AAAUUUCUUUCCCAAGCAGCAAGUUGUCUUACCAGUGAAUGGUGGGACAAAAGGGCAGAGCCUAGUCCAACACAGUGAAAAACUCAAGAAUGGAAGGCGGAGAACUUCCUCAGCCGGCGGACACCGAGAUGGUGGAGGCAGCUCAGCCGAAACAACCCGACUCGCAAUACCACCAGCGGCAACCGCCCCAAAUGGUCGCCGGGAUGGAAAAUAUUCCGGCAACUCUUAGCCACGGCGGCAGGUUUAUUCAGUAUAACAUAUUUGGGAAUAUUUUUGAAGUCACUGCUAAAUAUAAACCCCCUAUUAUGCCUAUCGGUAAAGGCGCCUACGGCAUUGUUUGUUCUGCAUUGAAUUCCGAGACAAAUGAACACGUGGCGUUGAAGAAAAUAGCGAAUGCAUUUGAUAACAAGAUUGAUGCAAAGAGAACUCUUCGUGAGAUCAAGCUGCUUCGUCACAUGGAUCAUGAAAACGUAGUUGCAAUCAGGGAUAUAAUUCCACCACCCCAGAGGGAAUGCUUUAAUGAUGUUUAUAUUGUAUAUGAACUGAUGGACACUGACCUGCAUCAGAUAAUCCGUUCUAAUCAAGCUUUAUCAGAAGAGCAUUGUCAGUAUUUCCUCUAUCAAAUCUUACGUGGGCUGAAGUAUAUACAUUCCGCAAAUGUUCUGCACAGAGACUUAAAACCUAGCAACCUUCUCCUGAAUGCUAAUUGUGACUUGAAAAUAUGUGAUUUUGGACUAGCUCGUGUCACCUCGGAAAGUGAUUUUAUGACAGAAUAUGUUGUUACAAGAUGGUAUCGUGCACCAGAACUGUUGCUAAACUCACAAGAUUACACUGCAGCCAUUGAUGUAUGGUCAGUGGGUUGCAUUUUUAUGGAAUUGAUGGAUCGGAAGCCAUUAUUUCCUGGGAGAGAUCAUGUGCACCAGCUGCGAUUGCUUAUGGAGCUGAUUGGCACGCCAUCAGAGGCUGAGUUGGGGUUUUUAAAUGAAAAUGCCAAGAGAUACAUUCAGCAACUUCCUCCUUAUUGUCGACAAUCUUUUACUGAAAAGUUUCCAAAUGUCCACCCUCUAGCUAUUGAUCUUGUUGAAAAGAUGUUGACAUUUGAUCCCAGACUAAGGAUUACUGUUGAAGAUGCACUUGCUCAUCCCUACCUAACAUCACUGCAUGACAUAAGUGAUGAGCCUGUCUGCAUGACCCCCUUUAACUUCGACUUCGAGCAGCAUGCAUUAACCGAGGAGCAGAUGAGGGAGCUGAUAUAUUGGGAGGCUCUUGCAUUCAACCCAGAAUUUAUGCAGCAGUGAUGACUCAUAUGCCAUUUAUUUGUUGUGGCUUUGAUCAGGGUGGUUAAAAUGCUUUAUGUUUUGGUGAUUGAUUUCUUCUUGUAUAUAUGUUCCACAGAACAGGAUGGCACUUGAAUUGAGAUAUUUAAUCAUGGCAGAAUGCAGGAAACGAAAACAGUUGUAUGUUUGUAGCGGCUCUCUUGAUUUCUUUUGUUCUUCUAUCUGUUGAAUCGAGCAUUGCAUUGACUUAGUAUCAUUGAUUUCAGUUUGUCGAUCAUGAUUGUAGAAUCUUGGUUGUGAGGAAGUUGCUAAUACUUGGAUUCUGUAAAGCUAAAGGUCAAAAAUCAUGUUGAAAUUUAAGGAAUAUAACCACCCAGUCUCCAAGACCAUAAUGUUAAGAUGAGAGCAGCUGCGCAGCCAGGUACAACCGGUGUCGGAAACCGUCUUGAAGCAACAUUGUUUCUCACAUCUAAAAUUCGUCAAUGGCCAUUCUAUAGAUGAUCGAUUAUAUCAUGUCAUAUAUUAGCAGUAAUAGUUUGAGUCUAAAGGCUUAAUCCAGAGUAACCUUUGAAUGCUAGCUAAUGCAUUGAUAAACUAGAUCAAAUCUGAGAAGCUAGUGUUAUUAAACAUUAACUGAACAAUUUUCUUCAGGGAAAAUCAUGGUCUCAAAAGCUGUGAGAAAGUAUAAACUGCAGCACUUGUAAGAUUAUUCAAAAACCCUGCGAAACAAAACAAAUUAAUCUACAAGAAUUUAUAUCAAUAGUGGUUUUUCAGCAUAACUAUGUAACAAUACCAAAACAUCAGAAUCAUAAAGAAAAGGUUGGUAUAUUUUUAAAAUAAUCAUGUAAUAUGAGGAUUUGGGUGAUUAGGAUUUAGGGUUUAGGUAACAAAUGAACAGUUUCAUUAUAGU